GGUUCCCCUGCUGUCAGAGCACGAGGGGCGGCACCUGCGGGGUCCGCCCCCGUCUCCUCCCCUCCCCUCCUCUCCUCUCCUCCAGCCGGAGAGCCCGAGACCCAGCGGGAGAAACCAGCGGCGGUAGCGCAGGCAGGGGAUUCGCAGCGCAGCCUCUCGGCGUGCGGGAAAAAAGGGGCUUUGGGGGGCUCGGAGCGCGCUGGACCCUUCUCUCCGCCCCGCAUGUCACGGCAGCUGGUUCCUGUUUUAUUGUGUAAUGCUGUGAUGUCCUGGCUUCCAUGAAACUCUUUUUGGGACAUGCUGGAUCAUAAGGGAUCAGGUGUUUAAGAACUUUAAACAACCUAGAUAACGUGGCAGCAGAUUUCCCUAAACUCUUAACUACAACCCUUAAUCAUGAAUGCAUUUCAAAAAGGUUAAAAGGAAUACAAGAAGAUCAUGGGGAAUUCAUAUGCGGGGCAACUGAAAUCAGCCCGUUUUGAAGAAGCUCUUCACAACUCUAUAGAAGCCUCUCUGAGAUGCAGUAGUGUUGUCCCACGGCCAAUCUUCUCUCAACUCUACCUGGACCCGGACCAACCUCCUUUCCUGCCAGAAGAUGUGAAACCAAAGGUGGAAGAAUUGGACAAAGAGUUGGUACAUCGUUACACACAGAACGGUAGUCUGGAUUUUUCUAAUAACCAAACUGUUAAUGAAAUGGAAGACGAAGAGGAGGAUGAAGACAUGUCAGAUUCAAGUAGUCCACCAAUCCCAUAUUCACAAAAACCUGCCCCAGAAGGGUCUUGCACUACUGAUGGUUUUUGUCAAGCAGGCAAGGAUUUGCGGUUAGUAUCGCUGUGCAUGGAACAAAUUGAUAUCCCAGCAGGCUUCCUGCUGGUAGGAGCCAAGUCUCCAAAUCUUCCUGAGCAUAUUUUAGUCUGUGCUGUCGACAAGCGGUUUUUGCCAGAUGAUCAUGGAAAAAAUGCACUUUUAGGGUUUUCUGGGAAUUGUAUAGGCUGUGGAGAAAGGGGAUUUCGAUACUUCACAGAAUUUUCCAACCACAUUAACCUGAAACUAACCACUCAGCCAAAGAAGCAGAAGCACUUAAAGUACUACCUAGUAAGAAGCUCCCAAGGUGUACUGUCAAAGGGACCCCUUAUCUGCUGGAAAGAAUGUAGAAGCAGACAAUCAUCUGCUGCUAGCCAUUCUGCUAAACCAAAUUCUUCAGUGUCACCAUCCACGACCCCAGAGAGCAGAAGAGCUAAUGGAUACAAAUCAGGGUUCACUCAGACAGACUCCUCAGUAUUCAGUCCAGCAAAAUCAUCUUCUGCUGUUAAUAUAAGUGGAACUCAAGACCUAUCCCGGAACAAGAACAUAGUGAAACCACUGGCUUUGUCUGUGCAGCUUGUAGGAAAGACAUUUGCCACAGCUCCACUUACACUGCGUAACAGCGAUGUUGCAAAUGGAAACAGUAGUGGAGGAAGAAAUAAUGUGUUGAGCUCAACAUUCUCUCGACCUAUGCCUCACUCAACUUCCCCCAGUCCUGGCUGUUUUUCGGUAGAUCAAGCAUCAAUGUCUAGUUCUGGGCCACCAAAGAAACGACACCGGGGAUGGUCUCCUGGGUCACCAGUUCCACCUCCUGGUUUAGUUGUACCUGUUCCGACAAUUCGGCCUCUUACAAGAACAGAGCCUCCUUUGUCAGUCCCAGUUCCUCAAUCCAUGUUAACUGGAAUUUUACAGCCUCAACCCAUCCCUGCAGGGGAGACUGUAAUAGUUCCUGAAAACCUGCUGAAUAACUCAGGAAUCAGACCAGUGAUUCUUAUAGGUUAUGGCACUUUACCCUAUUUCUAUGGCAAUGUUGGUGAUAUUGUAGUAAGUCCCUUGCUAGUGAAUUGCUACAAGAUUCCACAGCUGGAGAACAAGGAUUUGGAUCUUUUGGGAUUGACUGGCGCUCAAUUACUAAGUGUGGAGAACAUGAUUCUUUUAACGAUACAGUAUCUUGUCCGGUUAGGUCCUGACCAGAUACCUCUCAGGGAGGAAUUUGAACAGAUCAUGCUGAAAGCUAUGCAGGAGUUCACACUGAGAGAGCGAUCCUUGCAAAUGAGUGGUCAGUGUAUCUCAGUGUCACCAGGUCAACUCCCUUGGCUUGCUAGGUUAAUCACCAGUGUAUCUCGGGACCUGGUGCAUGUGGUUGUUACCCAGAAUUCUCUGGCUGAAGGCAUUUCAGAAACGCUGAGAUCUCUCAACGAAAUGAAACAUCAGCAAAGGCUACCAGAUUAUGUUGUUGCAAUCUGUGCAUCAAAGAAUAGAGGAAAUGAGUUCUGUGUAGUAGUCUUAGGUCAGUAUCAGUCUAGAGCAUUGGCAGAAAGCAUGCUGACAACCAGUGAGUUUUUAAAAGAGAUCAGUUAUGAGCUCAUCACCGGAAAAGUUAGUUUCUUGGCAUCCCAUUUCAAAAACACGUCUUUAGGUGAUGAUUUGGACAAGUUGCUAGAGAAAAUGAAGCAGCAACGAGGGGACAAUGUUGUAAUCCCUUUCAGUGGAGAUGUUAAUGAAUGUGUGUCAUCUCAGGAGGCAGCUGCCAUGGUUUCAACACAAGACUCGGAUUUGGAUAUUGACACCUUCCAAAUUUAUCAGCCGCAGCUUACAGUUGCCAGAAAGCUCUUGUCCCAGGUAUGUGCUAUAGCAGACAGUGGCAAUCAAAGCCUGGAUUUGGGCCACUUCAGCAAAGUAGACUUCAUCAUUAUAGUCCCUCGUUCAGAGGUUCUGGUCCAGCAAACUCUUCAACGGAUUCGACAAUCAGGUGUUCUUGUUGACUUGGGUCUAGAAGAGAAUGGGACAGCCUAUCAGAGAGCUGAGAAAUAUGUAGUACGGCUAGACAAUGAGAUCCAAACAAAGUUUGAAGUUUUUAUGAGACGGGUGAAGCAGAAUCCAUACACCUUGUUUGUGCUGGUUCACGACAAUGCCCACGUAGAUUUAACAAGUGCCAUCUCAAGUUCUCUAACACAUGGUGAACCCAGUCAUGGACUGGCUGAUAGAGUUAUUAACUGCAGAGAAGUCACUGAAGCUUUCAAUCUCCUGGUCCUCCAAGUCAGCUCUUUCCCCUAUGCCCUGCAGACACAGCAGUCCAGAAUAAGCUCCAACAAUGAGGUACAUUGGAUACAGUUUGACAAUAUGGAGGAAAUAGGUAGUGAGGAGAAGCUGUAUUUUGGCUUGAAUGAAUACAGCAAAUCUCUACAAUGGGGAAUCACUAGUCCUCUGCUGAGAUGUGAUGAAAACUUUGAAAAAAUGGUGAACACACUCUUAGAAAGGUACCCCAGGCUGCACAGCAUGGUGAUUCGCUGCUACCUUCUUAUUCAGCAGUAUUCUGAAGCCCUGAUGGCUCUCACAACCAUGGCCUCCCUUAGAGACCACAGCACCCCCGAGACACUCAGCAUAAUGGAUGACCUCAUCACUUCACCAGGAAAGAAUAGGAAUGGUUGUGGCCAUAUGCUUAUCAUUAGAGUUCCCUCCGUGCAGUUAGCAAUGCUAGCAAGAGAGAGGUUACAAGAAGUGAGAGACAAAUUAGGUCUGCAGUAUCGUUUUGAGAUCCUUCUUGGGAACCCAGCUUCAGAAUUUACUGUUGCUAAGCACUUUGUGACACGAUUAAAGGCUUGGAGGGGAAAUGAACAGGAAGAUUGGGUCCCUCGUACCUAUCAGGAUUUAGAAGGCCUGCCUUGUAUUGUUAUCCUGACUGGCAAGGACACCCUAGGAGAAACUUUCCCCAGGUCAUUGAAAUACUGUGACCUGCGACUAAUUGACUCAAGCUAUUUAACUCGCACUGCCUUAGAGCAAGAAGUAGGUCUGGCAUGCUGCUAUGUCUCAAAGGAGGCAAUUCGAGGGUCUAUUGUAGCUCUUGACCUGAGUGAGAAGGAGCACGAGAAGGCUAAUAUUAGUGAGAAUGACUCUGAUGAACUGUUGAUAGACUUGGAGAGACCUCAGAGUAACAGCAGUGCGGUCACUGGAACCUCAGGUUCAAUAGCUGAAAAUGGCGUGAGCUCCUCCAGUGCUGCAGACAAAUCUCAGAAGCAACCAGCAUCUCUUAACUUUCAGAAUGUGGCAGUUAGUUCAGUCGAUGAAGGUACUUAUCCAAGAUUCACUGCUGGAGAGACCUUGAAACAAGAAUGUGACUCUCUGGGUAACCAGAUGGCAAGCAGCACCACUUCUAAAUUAUCAUCUUCCUCUGUAACCCGGACAUUCCGGUGGCCCAGCCAGUCUGUCAAAGAGUGCAAGACCCUGCAUGCAGCACUGCCACGCAUUGUCAUCUUGUCUAAAGCUGCCUAUUGUCUCCUUGGCUCACAGAAAAGUGGGCACUUGCCUUCCUCGUCUUCUCUUCUGCCUCAUGCCGAUGUGUCUUGGCUGCGCUCUUUGAGACCUUUGCUUCCCAAAGACAUGAACGGUGAGGAGCAGUCUCUGUACUAUAGGCAAUGGACCACAGCCAGGCAACACCAUGCAGAUUACAACAAUCAGAGCGAAACUGCAGGCUCUAAGAGUUUUCACCCGCGACGGCUGCUUCUGACAGGACCCCCACAGGUGGGAAAAACUGGCUCUUACUUGCAGUUCCUUAGGAUUCUCUUUCGCAUGCUGAUCAGAUUACUGGAGGUAGAUGUGUAUGAUGAAGAAGAGAUUAAUACCAGUUCUACAGAAGGUAGUGAGAUCACCCAGUCUAGCAAUGACCACUGGCCUGACAUUGAGAUCUUCAGUAAAAUAACUUUUGACCUGAGUGUGCAUGAUACCAAGUAUGGUUCUAUGAGUCCAGUGUACACAGAACAACUGUCAAGAGUAAAACAAGAAGCAAACAAAGAAACCAAAGUUGAGGAGCCCAGAAAGAGAGAGACAGUGUCCAUGAUGUUGACCAAAUAUUCAGCUUAUAAUACAUUUCACCACUGUGAGCAGUGCCAUCAGUACAUGGAUAUUAAUCCUGCAGCACAGAUGACUGACUCCACCCUGCAUGCAUUUACGUUCUCCUCCUCAAUGUUAGGAGAAGAGGUUCAGCUUCAUUUUAUAAUCCCCAAGUCCAAGGAGAACCACUUUGUCUUCAGCAAGCAGGGAAAACACCUGGAAAGCAUGCGUCUUCCUCUUGUGUCGGACAAGCAGAAUUUGAAUGCGGUAAAGAGUCCUAUCUUCACUCCUUCAAGCGGCCGCCAUGAGCAUGGCCUCUUGAACCUUUACCAUGCUAUGGAAGGCAUCAGUCACCUUCACCUGCUAGUGGUCAAGGAGUAUGAAAUGCCACUGUACCGUAAAUACUGGCCCAACCACAUCAUGCUGGUCCUGCCAGGCAUGUUCAACAAUGCUGGAGUUGGUGCUGCCAGAUUCCUUAUUAAGGAACUUUCCUACCACAAUCUAGAACUAGAGAGAAACCGCUUGGAAGAACUAGGAGUCAAACGUCAGUGUGUCUGGCCGUUCAUUGUUGUCAUGGAUGACUCUUGUGUCUUAUGGAACAUUCACAGUGUCCAAGAACAGUCCAGCUCGUCCAUGGAGCCAGGGAAUACCAAUAAGAAUGUGUCUUUGAAGAGUGUUCUACAGCACAUUGAAGCCACACCAAAAAUUGUUCAUUAUGCAAUACUGGGUAUUCAGAAAUGGAACAGCAAGUUGAAUUCCAGGGGAUCAAAACCUCCAUUCUCCAGGUGCCAUGUGCAUGACUUCAUACUGCUCAAUGUAGACCUGACCCAGAACGUGCAAUAUGAUCUAAACAGGUACUUCUGUGAAGAUGUAGAUUUUAACCUGAGAACAAACAGCAGUGGCCUUCUCAUCUGCCGCUUUAACAACUUCAGUCUCAUGAAGAAACACAUCCAGGUUGGGGGGCAAAAGGACUUUGCCAUUAAGCCAAAAAUCAUGGUAUCGGAGAGCAUGGCCCCAAUAAUGCCUCUUCAGUAUGUCUGUGCCCCAGACAGUGAACACACGUUGCUGGCAGCCCCAGCUCAGUUCCUUCUGGAGAAAUUCCUUCAGCAUGCAACAUACAAACUCUUUCCAAAGGCCAUCCAUAACUUCAAGAACCCUGUACUGGCCAUUGACUGCUACCUGAACAUUGGACCCGAGGUGGCGAUCUGCUAUGUGAGCUCCCGCCCACACUCCAUCAAUGUCAACUGUGAGGGGGUGUUUUUCAGUGGACUCCUGUUGUACCUCUGUGACUCUUUCGUAGGUGCAGACCUUCUUAAGAAGUUCAAAUUCCUGAAAGGUGCCACCUUGUGUGUCAUAUGCCAAGACAGAAGCUCUUUACGUCAAACAAUAGUCCGUUUAGAGCUGGAAGACAAGUGGCAGUUUCGUCUCCGCGAUGAGUUUCAGACUGCCAACAGCAUUGAUGACAAACCACUCUAUUUUCUCACUGGACGCCACAUAUAAACUUGAUAGGAGACCAAAUAACAAAGGCAAAGAAGAGAACUUGAGACAUUUCUUUGUUUGGUUGGCUUUUGGGGGGAGAGGGGAGGGGACAGAAGAAACAACCAAGUACAAUCACUGUGGAGCAAAGUGCAACCAAUAUUUAUCUAGUCUACUCUAAAGGAGUCCCCAAAAUUCUAAAGUAGGCUUUGUUUCUAGGCAUAUGUUUAUCACUUCAGUUAUGAUUACAGGCGCUUGGAUUCAAGUUAAUUCCACGUUAGUCACAGUUAAUGAAACUAACACCACAGCCUACAAGCUGUCUCCUGUGAUGUGGGAGGAGGACAUAUUUUGGUUGAUGAAGAGUUCUCUUGGGUUUUUUUGUACUAUGCUAAGCUAGGGGAAGAAACUGACUUCAGCAUCCACUAGCCUGAAGGUAUAACACCAGACUCACACCAUUGAAGAUAAUAUGCUGAGGAGACUCCUCCGUUUCUCUUCAGAUCUGUACUUUGGUACAGUAAUACUCAGGGGUUUGAAAUUACAAAGUAACUUAGAUAUUUGUAUUAAAAGUAGUCUUGUUCUCUCUCUGUGCAGUGUUACUUUAAAACUUGUAAUUGUUUAUGUAUUGAAACUGUGUCUUUGGCAAAAUUUCCACAGGAGUUAGAAGUUUACUACUUAAACCUGAACAAAUCAGUAAAUGCUUGGCAGGCAUGGAGCACGCACGCAGGUUCUCCUAGUAACAUUCUUUCACCCUCUUUAACAAAAAUUCUACUCCACAAUUAAAGAGUCACUGGCUGGCCAGCAUAACAAAGAGAAAAAGAUUUCUUAUGCACAUUGGCUCUUUAGUUAGAGCAGCUAAACACCAGCAAAACGACUUCAGAUAGUUAUAGCGUCAGAGGUUUUAAAAAUUGUGAAACAUCCCAUUUUAGCUGGUAUACUUUACUUGUACAUCAAAAACUUUGUCUAGGUUUGAUUGAAUGCAGUUUGCUCCAAGUAUCCUUCCUCAUUCACCUGCAAUAGUGUGUAGAGUCCUGAGGUGAGAUUUUUGUUGUUGCUGCUGCUUUUGAGAACGUAGGUACCCUGCCCAGAAGUGAAUCAUAAAAUAGGAAGACAAUGUUCAUGAGUAUGGCAGCUGACAUGAACUGAAUGUUAUAUCUAAAGUGAGCUAAAAUGGGGUGAGGCACAAUGGUUUGGGGCUUUUCCGUAGCCCACUGAAAAUCACUUCACAAGUGAGCUUGAAUCAAUUGCAAGAGAAUCUGCCCAUAAUCAAAAAGGUCUGUUUGAAUACAGUACCUAGAACAGGUUGGUCCUUUCAUUUUGAAUAUUAAACUUUUGUAAAUAUGGCUGUAGUGAUUAUGCAUUAUUCUGGUCUAAAACACAUUACUGUGUUCUCUUUAAAUAACUGCUGUUCUGUUAUAGAAUUAACCUGGUGCACUAGCACAUGGUUUCAGGGUUAUAGGUGUUGACCAGUUUUACUAGCGCAGUUAACAUUUUUAGAAGUAUUCAAUGUUUUAUACUGGUUACUCAAUUGAGAUUUCAAUAUUUUAUAAAAGGUACCCUUCCCCCACACAUUCUCCUCUCUCCACCUCCUUAGUUGAAAGAAAGAAAAAAAAAAAGCAACCUCCUUUAUAAGAUGGCAGAAAAAUCAAUAAUAUUCACUUCAUUGUGUUUUUAUGAAGUUCUUAACACAUCCUUUAUAUGUGACCUGCAAGUCAACUGAGAAGGGCCUGCCAAAACUGCAUUUUGAACAAAGUGUUAAUCAAGCAACUUUUUUAUCUUGUGAAAAGAUGAAUGUUUACAGAUAAUGAAAAACAUAAUAUAUUAGACUGAAGCUAAAAAGGAAAAUAAUGGUUUGCAUAGCUGUUGAUUUUAAUAGAGCUUAACUGUGAGGCUGUCAAUGUAGCAUAUUUCAAAUGAACAACCCUUUUCUUUUUCUUUAGAUUUAAAUAUUUUUAAGUGUCCUUCAUACAGCCUUAUGUUUUAAAAUAUAUCUUAAUUUUAAUUUAGCCAGUGGGGAUACAGAGGUAUAUUUUGAAACUUUUCGUUACACCUGAAUACAUUUCAGUACUUCUGGUUUGCCAGAAGGGCUUAGGGCUGAUUGAAUAACUUUUGAAUUUUAGUUUGAGGUAAAAAAUUUAGAAAGAUUACCUAUAGUCUGCAAGUCGGAGGAUAUAAAAUGUUCAAAAGUGAUUUCCUUUGUUUGUGUACAUGAUGUUUGCACUAAGUUCUUUAAAUUCCAGGUGCUAAGACUAUUUUGAUGAUGAUUAGUUAGCCCUGUGGUAAAGUGGUGCGAAAUUGUCCUGAUGGUUGAGAACUAAAUCAGAAAGCUAGUGUAUCUGCCUUCCAUUAUCAAACAAGCAAUUGGUUUCUAUAACACUUUUAUUCUCCAGUGGAGAGGGAAGGUUUUUGGCAACACUUUCUUUUGAAGACUAUAUCAUUAUAAAUCUUUACUUAAAAUAAUCCAGGGUCAGUCUGCUUGAAAACUACAGCUCAUAGUCCUUGAAUACAUGAGGAGACCAUACUUUGACAUCUAGAGUAUAACUGUUCUGUUUUGGUUUUAAGCCUCAUCAUCAAGGGCACUCUUAUGAAUGUAUUAAAUAGGCCAGCAUUAUAUUUUACCUGUUGACAUGUAAAAUCUGGACAUGAUUGACAGUUCACAGGUUAAUAUUGAAUGUAAACUAAGAUUUGAAUGAAAAUCAUAUUCAGAUGCAUCUUGCUGUAAUUUAUGCAAUUGCUUUUUGUGACUUUUGGAAGGGGGUUAAAAUGUUGCUUUUAGUGUAAAAUUUUCUUAACCAAAACAUGGUGAAUUUAGCUUCACUAGUCAGUCUACCUCACAUUUUAUUGUUUAUUAAUUGAAAUUGUCUGCAGUUGUGGUUACAAUAUGUUUAUGAUGUGCUUUCAUUAAAUUUGAUGAACAUAUUAAA